AAUGCAGACAAAAAGAAGAGUACAAUUGCAGGAGAAAAAAGAGCAUAGAAAGCAAGAAGAAGAAUGCCCAACAAGAAGAGCGCAGAACAGAGUAAAAGAAAAAAUAGACAACAGGAGGUAA